AUGCCUUUCAUUUCUGAUCAUGCUCCUAUGAGCUUAACCUUAACUGUUAACCAAGGAAGUAGGAAGACUCCAUUCAAAUUCUUCAAUGUUUGGACAGAACAUGAGAGAUUCCUAACUGAUAUUCAGCAAGUAUGGCCAAAAGAGUCCACAGGAAGAGGUUCAAAGAACAUUACUACAAAUUGCUCUGAUGAGCUAUUGUUGGAGGAGAAGAGGCUGGUCCAAAAUUUGGAAAAAAGGGAUAUGAUUGAAGAAGGAGCUUUGAAACAAAAAGCUAGAGCAAAGUGGAUAAAGUUAGGAGAUUCCAAUAUAAAAUACUUCUCAGCUGUCAUGAAAGAAAGGAGCCAAAGAAAUCAAAUACUAGAGCUUAAUUCUAUUAAUGGUAGCAGACUAACUGACCCAGAAAACAUCAAAAGGGAGAUAGUAGAAUUUUAUAAGUCACUGAUGGGAACUGCUGCUCAAUCACUUCCUGCUAUAGAUAAAAGGGUGAUGCACAAGGGAUCAAAACUUAAUCAGCAGGAAAGAAUUGAUCUAUCUUUGCCAAUUAUCAAAGAUGAAAUUACUGAAGCUGUACUGAAAUUCUUUGCUACUGGGAAAUUAUUCAGAGCUAUAAACUGUACAGCCAUUACCUUGGUUUCUAAGGUGAAUAAGCCUAAAAGUGUGAAGGAGUUCAGGCCAAUUGCAUGUUGCACUGUGGUAUACAAAAUGAUAUCCAAGAUUCUGGCAUCAAGGAUGCAAGGUAUAAUCAGUACAAUCAUCAAUGAAGCUCAGGGUUUAUACCUGGGAGAAAGAUUGCAGAUAACAUAA